GGAAGUGGUGCUUGUGGGUGGUGGGCGCAGCAUGGCGGAGCUGGAGGGCCCCGAGUUUGGCAAGGCUGACUUUGUCCUGCUGGAUGAAGUCACCAUGGAGCACUUCAUGGAGAACCUGCGCCUGCGGUUCUCAAAGGGCCGUAUCUACACCUACAUCGGAGAGGUGGUGGUGGCCAUGAACCCGUACCGGGCUCUGGAGCUGUACGGCCCCUCUGUGGUGGAGCAGUACCGGGGCCGUGAGCUCUACGAGCGCCCGCCGCAUCUCUUCGCCUUGGCUGAUGCUGCCUACAAGGCCAUGAAGCGCCGUGCCAAGGACACCUGCAUCGUCAUCUCAGGUGAGAGCGGCGCUGGCAAGACGGAGGCCAGCAAGUACAUCAUGCAGUACAUCGCAGCCAUCACCAAUCCAACGCAGCGUGCCGAGGUGGAGAGGGUGAAAAAUGUGCUGCUGAAGUCCAACUGUGUCCUGGAGGCCUUUGGCAAUGCCAAGACCAAUCGCAAUGACAACUCGAGCCGCUUUGGCAAGUACAUGGACAUCAACUUUGACUUCAAGGGAGACCCUACUGGUGGCCACAUCUACAAUUACCUCCUGGAGAAGUCCCGAGUCCUCCAGCAGCAGCCAGGAGAGAGGAACUUCCAUUCCUUCUACCAGCUGCUGCUGGGAGCCCCUGAGGCACUGCUGGCCUCACUGCACCUCCAGCGGGAUCCCACUGCAUACUGCUACACCCAGCAGGGCACCCAGGGCAGCGUGAGUGGGGCAGGGAUGGCUGGGGGGGUGGGGGUCUCGGGGGUCCCGUCCCUCACCUGCCUCCUCCAGGCUGACAGUGAUGAUGCGCGUGGCUACCGGGCGGUGGAGGAGGCGAUGGCAGUCAUUGGCUUCACCCCAGAGGAGGUGGGCGCUGUGCGACGCAUCCUAGCAGCCAUCCUGCACCUGGGCAACGUGAGGUUCGUGGCAGACGAUGAGGUGGCGGUGCUGGAGGCAGUGGAGCAGCUGGCUGUGCUGGCCCAGCUGACAGGAACAACACCGGAGCAGCUCCGCCAGGCACUGCUGGCCCGCACUGUGGCCACGGGAGGUGGGGAGCUCAUCACGAAGGGUCACAGCCCCACCGAGGCCGCCUAUGGCAGGGAUGCCUGUGCCAAGGCCAUCUAUGAACGGCUCUUUGGAUGGAUCGUAGGGCGCAUCAAUGCCAGCAUCACCGCACGUGGCUACGAUGUCCGGCAGCAUGGCAAGAGCACCGUCAUCGGAGUCCUGGACAUCUAUGGCUUCGAGAUCUUUGAUACCAACAGCUUCGAACAGUUCUGCAUCAACUACUGCAACGAGAAGCUGCAGCAGCUUUUCAUCGAGCUCAUCCUGAGGCAGGAGCAGGCGGAGUACCAGCGCGAGGGCAUCACCUGGCAGAACAUUGAGUACUUCAGCAACGAGCCUAUCGUGGAGCUGGUGGAGCAGCCACACCGUGGCAUCCUGGCGCUGCUGGAUGAGGCCUGCUUGGCUGUGGGGACCGUCACUGAUGCCCUCUUCCUGGCCAACAUGGAUGCCCGCCUGGGCCAUCACCCACACUACAGCAGCCGCAAGCUCUGCCCCACCGACAAGACCAUGGAGUUUGACCGUGACUUCCGCAUCAAGCACUACGCUGGAGAUGUCACGUACUCCGUGGAAGGUUUCCUGGACAAGAACAAGGACACACUAUUCCAGGACUUCAAACGGCUCCUCUACAACAGCAUGGACCCUGUGCUGCAUGCCAUGUGGCCCGAUGGUGAGCAGAGCAUCACUGAGGUCACCAAGCGCCCACUGACCGCCGCCACGCUCUUCAAGAACUCCAUUGUGGCCCUGGUGGAAAACCUUGCUUCCAAGGAGCCAUACUAUGUGCGCUGCAUCAAGCCUAAUGACCAGAAGUCUCCAGUGCUGUUCGACGAGGAGCGGUGCCGGCACCAGGUCGCCUAUCUGGGGCUGUUAGAGAACGUGCGUGUGCGCCGUGCCGGCUUCGCCUACCGCCAGCCCUACGACCGCUUCCUGCAGAGGUACAAGAUGACGUGUGAAUACACGUGGCCCAACCACCUGAUGGCCACUGACCGUGAGGCCACGCAGACCCUUAUGGAGCAGCAUGGCUUCCAGGAUGAUGUGGCUUAUGGCCACACCAAAGUCUUCAUCCGCACGCCCCGCACUCUCUUCUGCCUUGAGCAGGAGCGGGCGCAGCUCAUCCCCAUUAUUGUCCUGCUUCUGCAAAAGGCUUGGCGUGGAGCCCUGGCCCGGCGACGGUGCCGGUACCUGCGUGCCGCCUACGCCAUCAUGGGCUACUACAAGCGGCACAAGGUGAAGGCAUACCUGCUGGAGCUGAUACGGCGCUUCCAGGGCGUGCGCUCCAUGCCCGACUUUGGCAAGAGCCUGGCAUGGCCGGAGCCGCCGGCUGUGCUGGGCCGCUUCCAGGAGAACAGCCAGCAUCUCUUCCGCAGGUGGCGAGCGCGGCAGAUCGUUAAGAACAUCCCUCCCUCCGACAUGGCGCAGAUCCGGGCCAAGGUGGCCGCCAUGGGGGUUCUGCAUGGGCUGCGGAAGGACUGGGGGUGCCAGCGGGGCUGGGUGCGCGACUACCUGUCCUCGGCCAGCGAGAACCCAGGCUUGGCGCUGCCCUUCGCCCACCGCGUGCAGGCUCUACGUGACAAGGUGCACUUUGGCACUGUCCUCUUUUCCAGCCAUGUCCGUAAGAUCAACCGCUUCAACAAGAGCCGGGACCGUGCCAUCCUGAUCACUGACCAGCACCUCUACAAGUUGGAGCCCCGGAAGCAGUACCGAGUGAUGCGGGAGCUGCCGCUCAGCAUGGUGACGGGGCUGAGUGUGACGAGCUGCCGGGCGCAGCUGGUGGUCUUCCACACGCAGAACCACGAUGACCUGGCUGUCUGCCUACACAAGACACAGCCUCGGGGGGAUGAGCGGGUGGGUGAGCUGGUGGGCGUCCUGCUGGAGCACUGCCGAACGACCAAGCGGGAGCUGCAGGUCCAUGUCUCCGAUCGCAUCCAGCUGAGCCUCCGCGGGCGCAAGAGAUUGCUGACUGUGGAAACUCAGCCUGAUGUGGCUGCUCCUGAUUUCCGCAAGAGUCGCGAUGGUUUUGUGCUCUACUGGACUGGGAGCUGAGGGGGGUGGACAUCGUGUCCCCCACUGCUGCCACCAGUGCUGUGGUGACAGGGGACAGCUGUGUCCUGCAUCCCUGCCCCAUGCCCUGCCCCUCUAGGUCUUCCCAGGACUCUGCCUGGGUGUAUCCACUGCAGCCCCACAGCAGCCCCAGGGCUGGCAUCACCCCCAUCCCAGCAUCCCCCCAUCCCCCUUGCAAGGUAAUGCUGAAACCUUUGUGUGCACUGAGAAUAAAGAGCUGGCGGCAGUGUC